CGGUUUUUCCAUGGCAACAUGUUCCCAUGGCUGCUGGCACUGUGCUGCUGUGCCAUCGCUGCAGCUGAUCUUCAUACAGCUUCAGAGGUGAUGCCAAUCCAGAGGUAAGUGUUGAGAGUCGAAGCGAAUGAUGGCGGCGGGUGUGGUACCGGCUGCAGCUAGCUUUGUCACCUUUCCUCUGCUGGUGUUGAUCCCGAUUUGCACCUUGGUCAGCAGCUUAGCAGUUCCGGUGCUUCAGCUUCUGCAGCCGUGUUUGCAGUACAAGUGGUGGCCAUGGUGGGAAGUUUCAACAAUGUGCCUCUACCCCCACAAGAGUUGGCCACGCCAAUGUUGCUGGCAAUACCCACACCCAGCCCAGAUUCCGUGCUUUCUCCUCACGGCUGCGUGGCUCUCUCGUCGCGCACGAUCUCUACACCAAGGGCCGCGGCAUGGUCUGAGUCCUGGAGCUUGGGAACUCAGAGCCCUGGAAUUCGUGGCCUUUCCCUUGACCGUAUCGAGCACCCAACUCUUGCUGCGAUUGGAUGAAGCCGAUUCACCACUUGCAGGCUUUCUGCUGUCCAUUGUGCUUCUGUGUUUUUUGUUAAACCAAGCUGCCUCAACCUGGGGGUUUGUUCGAGACGUUCUGCGAGAUGGACCUGUCGUUCGAACUGCGCUUCCACAGGUGUGCAUUGGCGACCCGUCCGUGUCGUAUGCGUCCUCUGUUUUUGUGGAUAAGAUUUGCGAUGAGCUGAGCAGCAUGAACGAUGAACUCAUCUCAGGGACGAACAUUCUCGGGGACCAUAUCCCAGUGGAUGAAGACGCCAAGUUCGUGUUAGCACUGGAAAACUAAGGAGAUGAUCUCUGGUUCCAAGGUUUCCUGGCCAAGAAAACAUGGCAAUGUGCAGCAGAUGAAGGGUUCAGAAGAUGAACUUGCAGUUUGUUGCAAGAUCGGGGGGGAAAGCGGCUGAACAAAGUUCUUCAGCUUCAAAUCCAGCUGAACUUGGCGAAGUUUUUCCAUGGUGGCCCGAGUCAGGUGAAGGCCUGCCAUCCAAUCUCAGUCCGAUCCAAGUCCUGCUAUGAUUUUUCCAAGGAGACUGGCGCAGGAAUCACUUGUCUUCCAUGGUUGGACUGUGCCAUCCCGUCGAAACGCCAGACCCAAUGCCUUGUCGAGCCGCAUUGGCCCCCUUUUGGAGAAAAAA